CCAGUCGCAACAGUAAUCAACAGUCAGGCGUUGGUUGCAAGUUUUCAAGGUCAGCCACCGGCAGCAGCGAUUCCCUCUCUGAAUCUUGGGGAUACGCAGCGCUCGGGUUGGACUUGGCUGAGAAAUGCACAGGACACCAAACGAGGAAGGAUUGUAGAGGGGAAGGGCUGUGACCCCAAGACCCAUCCCCCAACCUCCCCCUAAUCUCCCGUCCCCCGCUGCAGGGGCGGGGGUUAGUAUGUGACAUGUGUCUAACUCUCAGCGGCAACUUUAGCAGCAGGUGUCCGUCCUAAGCAGGAGCCGCCGUUGCCGGGUGCGCCCUCGCCCAGCCAUGCGGGCCGCGGGCGCGCGUCUCGCCCGCACCUCGCGGCUGCUGCUUCUGCUACUGCUCAAGGUUUCCGCUUCUCUCGUCCUCGGGUCCGCCCCUGCGCCCGGGAACGAAAAUUGUCUGGGGGAAAGCUGUUCACCUACACUGAUCCAGCGUCGCAGCAGGGACGCUUGGGGACCGGGAAAUUCUGCAGGAGACCUUCUGCCAACCCGUGCGCCCAGGGAGGAGGCUCAGGAGGCAGCGGUGCGCUUGGCGCCUUCAUGGGACCCACCCGCGGCCCGCGGCGGUGACCCAGGCGCGGGCAGAGGGGCGGAGGCGUCGGCAGCGGAGCCCUCGGGACCUCCAGCCAGACCACCUGGCGCCUGGAGGUGGAAAGGUGCCCGGAGUCAGAAGCCCCCGGGUACUUUGGGGAGAGGGAACCCCACGGCUCUCCAACUCUUCCUUCACACGUCAGAGGAGAAGGAAAAGGGUCCCAGAGGCUCUGGCAUUUCUGGGCGCAGUCAGGAGCAGAGUGUGAGGAAGGAACCCGGAGCCAGCGACCUUUAUUAUUGGCCAAGGAGAGCCGGGAAACUCCAGGGUUCCCACCACGACCCCCAACCCAAGACGGUCAAUGGACCGUCGGGGCACGAAGGGCGGACGAUUGCACACCCUGGCAGGGCUCUGGCUCUGAACGGGUCCUCCCUUGAAGGAGUUCACGAACGCGGGGGUCCUCGGCGAGGGAACACCACGAACCCGCGCUUGCGACUGAAGAACCCUUUCUACCCACUGACCCAGGAGUCAUACGGAGCCUAUGCGGUCAUGUGUUUGUCGGUGGUGAUCUUCGGGACCGGCAUCAUAGGCAACCUGGCGGUGAUGUGCAUCGUGUGUCACAACUACUACAUGCGGAGCAUCUCCAACUCCCUCUUGGCCAACCUGGCCUUCUGGGACUUUCUCAUCAUCUUCUUCUGCCUUCCGCUCGUCAUCUUUCAUGAGCUGACCAAGAAGUGGCUGCUGGAGGACUUCUCCUGCAAGGUCGUGCCCUAUGUAGAGGCUGCUUCUCUCGGAGUUACUACGUUCACCUUAUGUGCUCUGUGUAUAGACCGCUUCCGUGCGGCCACCAACGUCCAGAUGUACUACGAAAUGAUAGAAAACUGUUCUUCCACAACCGCCAAACUUGCUGUUAUAUGGGUGGGUGCCCUCCUGUUGGCACUGCCGGAAGUGGUGCUCCGCCAGCUGAGCAAGGAGGACCCGGGCUUCAGCGGGCGCGCCCCCGCGGAACGCUGCGUCAUCAAGAUCUCCCCGGAUCUCCCCGACACCAUCUAUGUUUUAGCCCUCACCUACGACAGCGCCAGACUCUGGUGGUACUUCGGCUGUUACUUCUGUUUGCCCACACUUUUCACCAUCACCUGCUCUUUAGUGACUGCAAGGAAAAUCCGCAAAGCCGAGAAAGCCUGUACCCGGGGGAAUAAGCGGCAGAUUCAGCUAGAAAGCCAGAUGAACUGCACAGUCGUGGCUUUGACCAUUUUAUAUGGAUUUUGCAUUAUUCCUGAAAAUAUCUGCAACAUUGUUACUGCUUACAUGGCUACAGGGGUUUCCCAGCAGACAAUGGACCUUCUUAAUAUCAUCAGCCAGUUCCUUUUGUUCUUUAAGUCCUGUGUGACCCCUGUCCUACUUUUCUGUCUCUGCAAACCCUUUAGUCGGGCCUUUAUGGAAUGCUGCUGCUGCUGUUGUGACGACUGCGUCCAGAAGUCUUCCACGGUGACCAGUGAUGACAAUGACAACGAAUACACCACAGAACUGGAGCUCUCACCUUUCAGUACCAUACGCCGGGAGAUGUCCACGUUCGCGUCCGUUGGAACUCAUUGCUGAAGCACAGCCUUUGGUUUGCUUAGGUUUCUUUGUUUCAUUUUCAUAUCCUGUGAAAGUUUUUACUUCAUAUUUUUCCUUAGUGGGAAAACAUGCAGAAAAGGAGAGAAAUAUUAACUACUGUAGAACUGAUUUUGCAAAUUAAUAUUUGUGCUUUGAAAAAAAAAUUUAUAUUUAGUUAUUUAAGAAGUAUGAGGAGGCCAGUAGUUUUAGAUCAUUUUAUCUGAUAUGGUGCUAAUAUUUCAUUUGAAAAAAGUGACUGCACCUUAAUUAAUUGCUAACUUUCUUUUGUUCUUUUAAAAAUAUAAUCACUGUAUAUUGAUUAUAGCCAUGUGAUUUUGUAGGCUAUUUUAUGUUUGAGUUGUGAUUGAAAGUAUAUUGUAUAUGGUAUCGUGAGGUGAGUUGUAGUUAAGAAGCAUUCACAAAGUAGCACCAAAUAAAUUACACUUUAUUCUUUAACGUCAUUGUCAAUCUACUUUUAACCAAGAUUCAAUAAAUCUUUUAAUUGCCUUAAA